AUGGAGAAUAAAUACGAAAAAACUUUGAACUGCUCGAAGCUCAACAAAAGACAAGACGAGAGAGAAGGAGGAGGAGAAGAAGAAGAAAAAUCGAAUCUUCAAAAGGGCGAAAAGAAAGGAAGAAGACGCAAAGUUCUUCUUCAAUGGAGCCUCCUCCUGAAAGAUCCAAACGCCUCCACAACUUCACCUUGCCUUAUCUCCACGAUUUUUCCUGGAUUGUGGUUGUCAGAGGAAGUAACAACAGAUGCAUAUAAUGUCCCUGAAGCUGUGGAAACGUGAAAAGGUGUUUACUUGUUAGCAAAAAAAAAUGUAUCAGCUUCUUUGUGUUUCUCUGUUCUUGUUCUACUUUGAGAUAUUCUCAAGUUUGUUUCAUUGUAAGCAACGGUAAAAAAUGUAGCAAUGUAUUGAUUCCGUGAAGAAACCCAAAUUUCUGGUUUCUAAAUACGGAUAUUAUCAGCUCAUUCAUAAUGUUUAGUUUAGAAGAUGAUAGUAAUGGUCUAACUGUAAUCUCCCCGGCUGUUUGUUUUUAAUGAUGCAGAUGCUUCAGUGUCUCUCUGUAACUUUCUUUAUCUUUCAUAUAAAAAAAAGUUGUCUUUAGUCUCUAUUGUUUACAUUGUGGGUAUAUAAACG